AUGCUAGCCAGCGAGACAAGCUUCUCAAGUACAAGUACAACCACAACCUCCCUCCCAGCCCUCACAACGCCCUUCGUACAGCCCCCCGAAUGCACCUCUAUCUGGGAUAUAACAAGCACCGCAACAAGAAUCAACUCCACCCUCCGACUCACCACCAUCCUAAUCUCAGACCCCGCAGACGAGCGAUUCUCGUCUUGCCAACCCCCAGGAUGGGACAGCAAUAGCACGGCCCGCUUCUCAUUCAGCCCAGCCGUGUGCCCCAGCGCAUGGACAUACCAUCAAAUGGCCACAGAUCGACUUGACUAUAGGCGAUCAACAGCGUACUGCUGCUCCAGCGGCUUCUCCCUCUCAAGAAACCUAACCGACCUCUACAACAUCAAGGCCUCAUGCUACCGUACCCUCACCCCCGGUGAGACAACAAUCACAGGCACACUCUCCCACGGCAAAGGCGCGCAGGUCCUGCUCACCGACGGGAUCCAGGUCCACGAGGCAUGGGCUAUCUCGUGGGCAGGGUCUGACACGGCGACAAUGUCGCCAUCGCUGCCUACACUAACGAAUUCGAUGAUAGUACCGACAUGGGUGCCGGGGGAGAUCAUCCCACCGGGCAGGUACGACAGGGGCUAUGAGGGCUCGGAUAUGCCCGGCUGGGAGCCUAUCUUGCGGUUUCUCAUGAUAGGCGUUCCGAUCAUUGGUGUAGCACUUUUUGCGACGAGUGUUUGGUGUUGUAUCUGGUGCAGGAGGGUGAGACGGAAGGAACGGCAACAGAGGGGGGUAUUGGCCAAUCCGCAGGAGAUAUGUACUACCCCAUUGCAGUCUACAUAA